AUGGCGGUGGAGGGUCCGAAGGAGGUGAGGAAGGAGAAGACGGAGGUAUGCAGAGGUGUGAGGCGCUAUUCGGACGUGUCAGAGGUGGAGGAGGAGCGGGAUGAUGAAGACCACAGGGAAACUAAGGACGAAGAUGGGAACGGGACUGAUGAGGACAAGAUGGAGGUGGUGGCAAGAGCAGAGGACAAAGCGGUGGCUGGGAGCGUGAAGGAGAGAGAGCCCAGCGGUCUAUCCGAGGACAAGAUGGAGGUGGUGGCAGGAGCAGAGGAGGAAGCGGUGGCUGGGAGUGUGAAGGAGAGCGAGUCCAGCGGUCUAUCCACAGAGAAGGUCCGGAAGAAGAGGAUAGCCCAUAAGAAGGAUAUUCACGAUAAGGCUCGGUUAUCUAUCCUUCUCUUCAUCCACUCCAACAUGCAAGCCGAGCAUCUGGGCAGAGAAGACCAGCAGAGACUCCAACGGAACAAGAAGCUGGUCCUGAUGGUGAUCGGACCAGCGCGGAAUCCACACCACGGAGCAGCACUUGCCAGCCGGGCCAACCCCGAUUCAUCCUGGCUGCCGUACAUCCGCAGUCUUCCUCUUGAGUACGACACGCCGCUUUUCUACCAGCAGGACGAGGUGCAGGUGCUGCUGGGCACACAGGCAGUGCAGGACGUCCUGAGCCAGUAUAAAAACACUGCACGUCAGUACGCUUACUUCUACAAACUAGUACAGACUCAUCCCGCCGCCAGCAAACUGCCCCUGAAGGACAGCUUCACAUUUGAUGACUACAGGUGGGCAGUGUCUUCGGUGAUGACACGCCAGAACCAGAUCCCAACUGAGGACGGCAGCCGCAUCACUCUGGCCCUCAUCCCCGUCUGGGACAUGUGUAAUCACACCAAUGGACUGAUCACCACCGGCUACAACCUGGAGGAUGAUCGCUGUGAAUGUGUGGCACUGCAGGACUACAAAGAGAACGAACAGAUCUACAUCUUCUAUGGCACAAGAUCCAAUGCUGAGUUUGUCAUCCACAAUGGCUUCUUCUUUCAAGACAAUGCCCACGACCGAGUGAAGAUCAAGCUGGGCGUCAGUAAGAGCGAGCGCCUUUACGCCAUGAAGGCGGAAGUGCUCGCACGAGCCGGCAUCCCAGCGUCCUGUAUCUUUGCUCUGCACUGUAAUGAACCCCCCAUAUCAGCCCAGCUCCUGGCCUUCCUUAGAGUCUUCUGCAUGACAGAGGAGGAAUUGAAUGAUUACCUGCUCGGAGAUCGUGCCAUCAAUAAGAUCUUUACUCUGGGCAACAGCGAGUUCCCUGUCAGCUGGGAGAAUGAGAUCAAGUUGUGGACUUUCCUUGAGACCCGAGCUGCUCUUCUGCUCAAGACCUACAAGACCACCUCACAGGAGGACCGCUCCACACUUGAGAACCCAGAUCUAUCUCUCCAUUCUCGAGUGUCAAUCCAACUCCGCAUGGCUGAGAAACAGAUCUUAGAGAAGGCGUCGGCCAGUGGACGGGCCAAACGUCUGUGCUUUGAGAAGAAGCUAGAGGAGGGAGCUCCAUUGCCUGUGUACGAGGAAAGCGACAUCGCCUUGCUGGAGAAUACUGACGCAGAUGCAAAGCUUCCCAUCAUUCUACGCAAGCUGAAAGGGGUAGAAGAAGACCAGGAGGUCCAGGUGGAGGAGCACAGUCACUUCCUGAAUGGGGACAAGGCUGUGUAUGCUAUGGAUAUGGAGGCUAAUGGAGAGUCAGUGCAGGAGGUGACUCAGGAGAAGGUCAGCAGAGAUGUUGAUUCAGCCUUGGACUUGAUUGGAAGUUCAACCCCGAUGGGCCGACAGGAAGUGGCCGACCUAAGUGCCAGUCGAACUGAAGAUAAUCCCAAAGAGAACAGUCAAUAAAUGUAUUCCAUUUACGGCCACAGCCCUUGCUAUUUAUUUAUUUUUGUGUCUCUUAAAUGACUCAGAAAUAUAGAAGCUGAAAAUAUUUGAAUUAAAAGUCACAUAACUUCAUCCAGCGUGGCUUUUCUUAGUUGUCAUCUACUGAACUGGUUUUAAAAUGCUGCCAGUGUCCCUCGCCAUUCUGUGCACAACAGCUUUUGAAUAAUAUUCGUUUUGUUUGAAGUUUGAAACUGAGGUUUACAUUGAAACAGGCCGACAGCAUUGGGAGAAAGUGAAGGAAACGCCACACACUGGUUCCAGCAAAUUGUUAGGUGAAGAGAAAAAACUAAAUAGAGUUAGGUGAAUGUUAUUUCCACAAAGCCAAAAUGUGUAAUCUUGUGAAUUGGUUGGUUUAUUACUGCAGUUUGUCUCCAUAAAUGUCCAGUAUGCUUUGAGUUGACACUUGUAUUCUCUAGUGCUUGUGGGGUAGCUGCUGCGUUCAGACCAUCACUGCCCUCGAUCCCUUCUGCUUAAAAUCAUUUCUAAACAUAAAGUUAUACGCCUGA